GCGGCACAGCCCCGCGCCCCCCGCAGGGCCGCCCGCCGCCGAGAUGGAGGUGAGCGUCCUGGCGCUGCGGGACCUGGCGAGCGGACGGCCGGGGCGGCGGGGCCGCGCGGAGGCCCAGAAGGAAAACAUAUUUGAUCGAUCCAGGAUGGCCCCAAAGACUCCCAUUAAGAAUGAACCAGUUGAUUUAUCAAAGCAAAAAGGCUGCACCCCAGAAAGAAAUCCAAUUACACCUGUUAAGCUCGUUGACAGACCUCAGCCUGAUCCCUGGACCCCCACUGCUAACCUGAAGAUGCUUGUUAGUGCUGCUAGCCCUGACAUGAGGGACAGGGAAAAGAAGAAAGAGCUCUUCAGACCCAUAGAAAACAGUGAGCAGACUGACACACCUGAUUCAUUACAGUAUGAUAUGGUAGACGACAGCACGGUUGAUGAAUUUGAAAAACAGAGGCCCAGCAGAAAACAGAAAAGCUUAGGACUCUUGUGCCAAAAGUUUCUAGCUCGCUAUCCAAGUUAUCCAUUGUCAACAGAAAAAACUACUAUUUCUUUGGAUGAAGUGGCUUCAAUUCUCGGAGUUGAGCGGAGACGAAUUUAUGAUAUAGUGAACGUCCUGGAGUCAUUGCACUUGGUUAGCCGUGUGGCCAAGAACCAGUACUGUUGGCAUGGCCGGCACAACUUAAGUCACACUCUGAAAACACUUCAGGAAGCAGGAGAGCUGCAGUAUGGAGAGUUAAUGACCUUCUUUCAGCACAAGGAGCAGGACUUGGAGUACAAAUUUGUGGAACGAAAAAAGGAAACUAUUCCAGAUUCUCAAUUCAGACCAUUACUGGACUUUUCAGAACCAGAUUGCAUCUCUGCAUCUGCAAACAGCAGAAAGGACAAGUCGUUGCGGAUUAUGAGCCAAAAGUUUGUCAUGCUGUUCCUUGUCUCCAAGACCAAGAUAGUCACUCUGGACAUCGCAGCAAAGAUACUGAUAGAAGACACGCAGGAUACAGUGGACCACAGCAAAUUUAAAACAAAGGUACGAAGACUGUAUGAUAUCGCCAAUGUGCUCACCAGCCUAGGCUUGAUCAAGAAAGUUCAUGUCACGGAGGAACGAGGACGCAAACCAGCCUUCAAGUGGAUCGGGCCUGUGGAAUUCCCUGGAAAGACUGAUGAGCCGAGAGGGCAUAGCCCAACAUCUGAUCUUCUGCCAGGGAUGCAGAGAGGAGCCUGUGCCCCAUAUGAGACCUGUGCUACUGGAAAGCAAAGGCUUACACGUCAUGCUUCAUUUAACGGCACACAGCCUUGUGAAGGGACUAGAAGGAAGGUCAGUUCUGAGCCCAACAGCCCACAUCGAGAGAGACAAGCCUGUGUCGUGAAUUCAGAUGAAUAUUGCUCCAAAAUGAUAAAUCUAGCAGCUGUCUGCAGGCAGAAAAUAGAGGAAGAUACUAGGAAUAAAGCUUGUGCCACAGAAACGAUAUUAAAUUCAGCAAGGAACCCAAGCAUAACCUCACCUCUGUCCCUUCUUCCAGUUCCUGGGGACUCUGAUUUUUGUGUUAACCCUUUGCCUCAGGCAGUUUUCCCUGUGGUUCAGGCAGAUGUCCCAAGCCUCUCGCUGCCAAAUGGCAUCAGCAGCCAAACUCUACAUCCUUCCACGCCAGCAGCCUCCAAAACAGAAAAUGGAAAACCUACCCUGCUCCCCAACCAACCCUUCCUGUGCUUCCCCUCUUCAUCCCUUUUUAUGUUGUGUGGUGGUCUUCAGGAAAAUAACUUGAGGGAGACCCUGCCCACCACAGGAGACAUGGGAAACAGGAGGGCAGAAGCUCAGGCUGCCAUACCUCCAGCUGCCUGCCAGAAACGCUGCUCCCACAAGUGCGCAUCGCCCUCUGCACCUGCAGAUGAUGAAGAGCCAGCUGCUAAAAAGCAGACCAUGGAACAGAGUGAUGUGCCCCUCUCACUUGUAGUACCCAAGAAGCCUUUUAAGUCACCCAAGGCAGAAUCUACCCCAGGAAGUGGUUGUACAUCUGCUGAACAUCUAGAAGCUUUUCAUCCUGACCUCGCAAGUCCUGCUGCUCCAGAGGCUGCAGACAAGGAGUCUGCUAAGCCUUUAGAUUCUCAGGAGCAAGAAAAACAGUCUCAGAGUAAAGACCCUGAUGAACCCUCUUCAGGAAAAGAGCACAUCUCUAAAGAAAAUGCCAAUCAACCUUUCCUACCACAGUAUCUUUAUGUUCGGCCUACUGCUGGAUUAAGCAGUUUUAAUUUCCUGUUCUCUACAAACCAAGCCCCUGGUGCUAUCAGCCUGGCUGCGAGCCAGUUACCUUCUCUGAGCGUCCCCUGUGUCAUGGUGCCGUCAGCAGCCUUGGCUUCCUUCCCUCUCGUCUGUUCUCCCGCAAUCACCAGUCCUCUUUCCCCAGUUCCCGAUGGCUCCUUCUCAGCUGCUGCCUCCAUGAAUUUCAGUAUGUCUGGCCUGGCAUCAACAACGCCUGUUUUCAUAGGCACCACGACAGUGGUGACCCCCAAGGUCUCACCCGCACCUUCGGUGGAUCCCCAACAACCAGCUCACCCCGCUCUGCACCUGAGUCCCGUGCUUGCAAGGUCUUGCGGUGCUGUUAAACUGGACUCCCCCGUGUGUAUGGGGCAUCCGGUGACCCUUCUGAAGCUGCAGCAGCCUUCAUCAACUCCCCUCACUCCCAAGAGCAUUCGUCCUGCACGUCAUGAAACAUUUUUCAAAACUCCCGGAAGUCUUGGAGAUCCUAUUGCAUGGAAGAAAAGUGAAGGCAACCAGACCAGAAAUGCCAGCUCUGUGCAGAGGAGACUAGAAAUCUCUAGUACCAGCCCUGACUAACUCCACUCAUUGCAAAGGGUGGGCAGAUUGUCCUAGGACCCUGUAUUGAUUACAAGAGAACAAGCUCUUACCCGGCAAAAAGAGCGCAUUAAAAUGUCAUCCUUUUUGGCAUGCUUCCCCGCUAUCUAUUCACCCACCGGUUCUGUUAACCACCUUCUUCACAAAUCAUCCUUGGUACUGAAAACCUUUUACUGAAUUGUUCCUUCAGUACUGAUUUGAGUUCAGAUUCUGUGCUUCACAUGGCCUUGUGGGCAUCGAAUUGUAUUUGGGGCUUUAAUUUGGAAAACUAUUGCUGUGAGGAGAUGCAAAUGGAUUUUCUUGGAGUCCCCAAGGGUUCUUUAUUCAUGGUUUUAAGUGAGAUGUCUAGCACUUAUCUGGGGCAAGCAUGUUUUUUGCAUGUACUCUACUUACCCCGAGUAAAUCUGUGGUGAAAUUGAUAAACUGCAGUUGUGAGAGCAACUGCUUCCUUGGUUCCAAUCUGUCAAAUCCUGCCUCCGCAGUGCAGCCUCUUGCUAUUUAUUUUGUACGUUGGAGUGGGAUUUAGUGCAAAAAAAGUUUUUUUGCAGUUUCAGAAUAACAGAUUUUCUCAGGGUAGGAUUACUUGAAUGUCAGUUGGUUGUUGUACAAUUUGCCCAGCACUUGUGGUUAGAAAAACCUAAUAAUAACACAAUAUGAUUGAAUGUAUACAUGUGAAAAAUACUAAGACCAAAAUAACUGUGAAUGUUAACAAUUUUAUAAUUGUGCUAAUGAACUGUAUUAGUCCUUGGGUUUGUUUUUUUUCUUUUACUCUGAGCAAAAUGUACAAGUUAGACGUAAAGAAUACAAAACCUGAUUCCAUAAAUAAGUUUGACAAAGUAAUUUGAGAGUGACAAGCCACUGAGAGGGCUGUGCUAAGAUUUCAUCUCUCCUUGGUCCAGUGACCAAGGUGCAGUGACCAAGGAACACUGGUCAUUAACCACAUGAUUAGAUUCAGUCUAACUUGAGUCUACUUAAGUGCCUACUUAGUGGCUUAUUUAAGGGGUAUGUACUUAAGGGCCUAACUCUUCAUUUAGGGGAAUUUUGUAACUAGUUAAUAGUGCAUUUGAGUAUACUUGGAAGACAAGGGAGAUCUUAUCUUUUGGCGAGUAUCUAUCUAAACCAUACAAAGAUGCUGAAAAGAGCAGGAUUCAUAAAUUUUGGAAGUUGGGAAAAAUUAUCUGUGUUCCUUAAGAGAAGAUAAAGAGGAAAAAAAGUAUAACGGUCAACAUUCAAAGUCCUCAAAUAAUGAAUGGUGCUAUUAAUAAUAUAGGACAUAAUUUUAAGAGUUAGUGCUCUUAUGCUUGGGUAUGUUUUCACUCGUGUAGCAAACUGCAAUUAAAUUUGUGCAGUUUCCUGUUGAAAAGACAGAAAGUGUUGCUGUUGACAUCAUGUUACUCUGGAUUUUUAGCAAAUAUAAGGCCAGCGUUAUCAGCUCUUCUCAUUGGUACUGGUUUUCUAAGGGUAGAUACACUGUCGGAUGUGCUAUUUUGUUGGUCAAGGGAGGCUAGGACUUUGUUUGGGGGUUGGGGAUUUGAUGAGCUUUUUUAUUUUUAUAAUGAAAUGUAUUAUGAAAAUGGAAUUUAAGAAAGAGUGUUAGUGAAGCUGGGAGUUUGAGUAAUGUGGCCUUAUCAUAGA